GUUCCGCUGGUUGACCAUCUCUGUGCGGCGCGCGCGCGCUCACUCGCGCACUUCGGUCGCUCUCGUCAGAACCCGUCUUAGCAGCUCCGUGCUGGUGCUGCUGGUGGUGGGUGGGGGUGUCUGACGGCAGCGCAUCGGAGUUCAAGUGUAUUUCGCCCGCGAGGACUCGGGCGCUUGUGGCGCGCGCGAAGCGGCGGAGUGCACGCGGGGCAUGGACUAAGACGGAGGGAUCUCGUGAGGAGCAGGAGGAGGAGAAGAAGAGAGAAGACUCGAGUCGAGCAGCCGGACGUACUGCUCCAUCCUCCGUAUUUCCACCGUCAUCAUGAUCAUGUCCUGCGUUCGGUGAACUUUCUUUGAAAGCCGGUGAUUCGUAAAAGAUUCGAAUAAAACAGACAGUGUCAGGUCCUUUUUCAGAAUUAAAUAAUUACCGGCGGUAACCGGCCGGGUACUUUCUUUCUGUCAGACUUUUCAUAAUCGCUCUGAACAGCCGCGUCUUAGAAACGUCGUUCAGCAGGAGAACAAUGACAAUAUGCUGAGCAAAGUUGAGGUAAAAGUUGUGGUAAAGAUGUUUAAGAAGCUCCUGAAAAGACAUCGUGACAUAUCCAGAACCCGGUUUAGGUGCCACUUUUGCAAUCUGUGGCGUCGAUUUCUCUCGACAACGGGAAUGAUUUGUGUUUAAAGUAGUUUUAAAUCAGUUUGGUUUCUGGUACUCAUUUGUAACCGGUGUCAUUGUCAUUUCGGGUUUUUUUCCCCCGUUUGUUAUUAAUUAUUUGUAGUAAUAUGAGCGACUACUCAGAAACAACUGAACUUUAGUAAUCCAGUGAGUGAGAGGACAGGCUCUCAGUUCCCAUUAGUGCACUUCUCCAUCAGCAUCAGCAUCAGCAUUCCUUCUCCAACAGGAAGCCAUCAGCAUCCCCAUCCCAAUUCCCAUUUCCUUCACUAUCAGCACUCCCUCAGCCUACCUAUCACCAGUUCAGGUGAUGCUGGGCAGCCCAUCCAACAACGGUGGCCUCAGGAUGCUGGCCCCGCCGCCACUCGACGACCGCAGAGUGGAGUUUGUGGCUCUCACAGCUGUGCACACAGAGCGCAGUGAGCCGUCCACCCCGGAGCGAAGUCACCCAGCUCACCGUACCGGGCUCCUGGGCACCCCGUUGCCUGUGCCCCCUGGACCGCGAGCCAGCACCUCCACCACCAGCAAGCGCUACAGGAAGGUCCAGAAUUGUCUCUACAAUGUGCUGGAGAGGCCACGGGGAUGGGCAUUCAUCUACCACGCGUUCAUUUUCCUGCUGGUGUUCAGCUGUCUGGUGCUAUCUGUGUUCUCCACCAUUCCCGACCAUCAGGAAACUGCCAACGAGGGGCUCUUUAUCCUGGAGUUUGUGAUGAUCGUGGUGUUUGGGCUGGAGUACGUUGUAAGAGUGUGGGCAGCAGGAUGCUGCUGUCGAUACAGGGGAUGGAAAGGUCGCCUGCGCUUCGCCAGGAAGCCCUUCUGUAUCAUAGACUUCAUCGUGUUCGUGGCGUCGGUGGCGGUGAUUGCAGCUGGCACACAGGGAAACAUCUUUGCCACAUCUGCACUGCGCAGUAUGCGGUUCCUGCAGAUUCUGCGCAUGGUGCGCAUGGACCGCCGAGGUGGCACCUGGAAAUUGCUGGGCUCUGUUGUAUAUGCACACAGCAAGGAGCUCAUCACAGCCUGGUAUAUUGGAUUUCUUGUUCUGAUCUUUGCCUCCUUCUUGGUGUACCUCGCAGAGAAGGACAUUAACUCCGAAUUUGCCACCUAUGCAGACUCUCUCUGGUGGGGAACAAUCACCCUCACGACAAUUGGCUAUGGGGACAAGACUCCACAUACUGGGCUGGGUCGGCUGGUGGCAGCAGGCUUUGCUCUGCUCGGGGUGUCCUUCUUUGCCCUGCCUGCAGGAAUCCUUGGCUCUGGUUUUGCCCUAAAAGUGCAGGAGCAGCACAGGCAGAAGCACUUUGAGAAGAGACGGACUCCUGCGGCCAAUCUCAUCCAGGCUGCAUGGCGUUUAUAUUCAACCGAUGUGCAGCACUCCUACCUCACAGCCACCUGGUACUUCUAUGACAGCAUGUUACCUUCAUUCAGAGAACUGACCCUACUGUUCAGUCAUCUGCAACAACAGCGUAGCGCCAAGAAGGUCCACCACCACCACUCCUACCACACGCUGCUGUCCGGGCUACGGCCCUACAGCUCCCCCUACCUGUCGGGGGACAGCGGGAAGAUGGGCUUUCGGGACCGUAUCAGGAUGAACAACUCUCGGACCACCCAGGCAACACGCUCAAAGACUUCUCCGCAACCACCCGGUGUGGUGCGCCGCUCCCCCAGUUCCGAAAACAUCCCUGAGGCCACCAGCCCUGGGAAGGUGCAGAAGAGUUGGAGCUUCAAUGAUCGCACGCGCUUCCGGACUUCACUAAGACUCAAAGCUCGACCCGCCACAGAUGUUGAAGGAACAGCAGAGGACUACGCAGAGGAUAAGCCAUACCCCGAGAUCUCCAUGGAUGAAGUGAUCCCAGCUGUGAAGACUCUCAUACGUGCUGUUAGGAUCCUCAAAUUCCUGGUGGCCAAGCGGAAAUUCAAGGAAACCCUGCGGCCAUAUGAUGUGAAGGAUGUAAUUGAACAGUACUCUGCUGGACAUCUGGACAUGCUUGGCCGCAUUAAGAGUCUGCAAAGCAGAGUGGAUCAGAUUGUGGGGCGUGGAGCCAUUCAAACUGACAAGAAGGUUCGAAGUGAAAAGGGAGAAAAAACUCACCCAGACCUGGAUCCGCUGGAUGAGCUUAGCAUGAUGGGCCGUGUUGCUAAAGUGGAGAAGCAGGUGCAGUCAAUCGAGAACAAGCUGGACCUGCUGUUGAACUUCUACACACAGUGCUUGAAGAAGGGUUCCUCCCAUGUCACCUUGUCCUCCUUGCUGGAACCUGACCUCACCUCUGACUACCACAGUCCCACUGACCACCAGGACCUUUCUCCCUCCACCAACACCCUCAACAUCUCCCACUCCGAGAGCAACAACAUGGACUGAGUUGGAGGCGCCCAUUGUGGUCACCCUUGGUUCUUGCUCCACACUUCAGUUUCAUUACACCCCUACCUUGUCUCUCUUCCCCCAGCAGAUGCCAAUCUUAACAUUUUUGUUCUCUGUUUUUCUUAUACCUCAAACAACACCUUGUGCUUUUUUCCCCUCUCUCUUCCUUGCACGCACCUAAGCCAUGCAUAUUCCCUCACCACUUCUCCCAGUUUUUUGUUUCAGUCCCUCCAUCUCGUCCAUCUCCCUUUCCUUUGCUACUCUCUUGUCUUCUUCUCUUGCUGUGAAGGUCCUGUGCAGGCCAAAGCUGCCAGGAGAAACUGUCACUGUACAGCCAGAGGCUGCUGCUAUGACUUGUGUCCACAAGCAGGCAGUGCCUGGGCAGAGGCAGCGCAAGGACUCCUCGCUGCAUGUCUCGCUCCCUGGGGAAAGAGAUGCCUGACUACUGAUAUGCAAGCACUGUUACACACGUCGCAGCAACAGAGGACACGCCCUCUGUGCAGAGCUGUCAGUUUUUGCAGUUUUCGGUUUUUAAUCAUAUGUUUUUUGAGAUUCAUUUUUUUUUUGUUUUGUUUUUUUGCUUCUUUUGUGAUAAUCUAUAGACAUCCCGAGGAGUUACAAGUAUAUUUUUAAGGGUUGGGGGAGGUGCUGUGUCUGGAUUUCAGCUCUGAAAUCUGACAUUCUCUGAGCUUCCAGUGAAUGUGCUUUUUACUUUUCAUCGCCUCCCUCAUCACUGCACAGAUGUUCACGAAUGUGGGCCCUCGACAUGCAGCUGGACUGAAGUAGCUGCUCUUCAGCUCAGUCUUUCGGUCCAUCCUCCAACAUUGAUGGCCCAGACUGGGGAUUCCCCCACAAUCUCUCCAUACUCAGGUUUCUGUAACACCAGAGAAGCCCACUCAGCAAAAAGAAGAACGAAAGCAAUUAUAACCCUCCACCGAGUCUGAUGUUAUACGUGCUGCUCGUAGACAUGGCCCAGGUGUAGGUGAGCCCAUACAUUUGGUAUACAGGGUUGUUGGUGUUGAUGGCAAAGAAUCUUGACAUGACCAGAAAGCGAUGUCUUUAUCAAUAACAUGAAGUGCAAUUCUGGUUUCAGUUGGAAACACAUGGCUUAUCAUCACCCACUACGGUAUUUAUUUUUACUCUACAAAUAUGUCUCUUUUAAGAAACUUACCCACUAUUAAGUCUUUCUUCAGUUGCAUCUUCAGCUGCUCACUGCAGUAUUAGUGAUUUAGUGAUGACAUUGUUUCAAAAUGAGCCCACUUUAUGGCAUUCGGUCUUUUGGGAUCUGAUAAAUAAUAAGUAAUGGACAUGUUUGUGUUUUGUGGCCCCAGUGACUUUUACCACCUGACAGUGCUGCUGAUGCUCUUCAGGGGACGAGUCACUGGUUAGAGUGGUGGUUACGGUACACUUGGUCAUCAGAAGCCCACAACCAUUGUCCCUGCAUCAUCUAAAGGCUCAUGUGGCACAAACAUGCUUGUCUUCAAUUGCGCGGAAUUAUUAGCAACACGGUAAAUCGCUUUGGGUCCUGCUUUGUACACACAGAUACAAUCUGCAGUGCUGGCUGAAUAUCGAUUGUUGAAACCCGACAAACUUGAACCUAUUUGCAGUUUCAUGGGGACCUUUGGAAGACAAGCUGCUGAACCCAUUGAGACAGACAGUGUGGCUUGAGUCCACGUUGCAGUGCAGAGCGCAAAUGUGCAUCGCAUCUCGGCCGUGUGUUUUAGAAGCUUAAACAUUUCAUUCUUCAGUAUUUUCUCAUAGUGGCAUUUUUUUCAACCAAUUUAUUGGACAGAACUGGAAUACUCAUAUCCAGCACAACACACCACACACACCAGUGAACAUCACACAGUCAGUCACACAGGUGUUCUACAAAGCUUGAGUACUUUUUUAUCAUCUGCUUUUUCUGCUAAUUGUUCUACACAUGACACGAAAGUGCUUUGACAGUAUUUUCUUGAUUUUAUUUUUUAAUACCAAUAUAAAAAGCCAUAGUAAAUUUUAAGGAUAGGUGAAAAUAAAUGAUAUCUGUCAGGAAUGUCGUGAAAGUAGUGUUUUGUAUAAAAGAAAUGACUGGUAUCUGUGACAGAAAUUGUCUGUCCUGUUAUGUUGUCAAAUUUGUGAGUUCAGCCCACUGCUGUAUUUUACAUGGUUCCUAUUCGAAACUUGUCCGUGGUGUCAAUUAUCCGUUAUUUUCUCCCGUAUUCUUUUCACUCUUUCAACAGAACAGGGUGAAAGUUCUUGCCAAAAUCAUUGCUUGCUUUUACAUCUUGAGAAGCACAUCUUUCAUCUCCUUUUUUCAGUAGGACACGAAGCAGCUGUUUAAACAACAUGUAAAGUCGUGCCUUUCUCAGCCCAGUUCACCGGGGUUCGACAGGCUUCCGCUGCACUUUACCGCUCUGUUUUGUGCCCCCCUCCUUAGAUGAGCUUGGUGUGUAGUUUAGCGACAUUUUAAGGCCUUCCGUUGUUUCCCUGAAUGCUGCCAUAAUCCAGAAUCGUUAUUUUAUAGGCUAUUAACUAAAUGUUAUUGAAAUGGGAAUGCUUACUUAAUCAUACUUAUGAUGAUUAAGCUCGUGAAUGUUAAACCGAUAAACCCCGCUUCAUUUACCACACUUUGGCGGCAAGCUCCUCCGCAGCGCCACGUUGAGGAGCUCUCGCUUGAGACCUUCUCCGCCUUCCCUGGCAAACAGCUCUGUUGCGUUCGGGAACAGUCAACUACCCUGCGACCGACGUCGGUCCGUCCCACGUUCGACUGCGCGUGCCCUCAACGUGCGAAGACUGUCCGUAUACGCCGUUAAGGGGCGCUAGUACCGCAACGGAACGGUGUACGUAGCCACCGCGCAUCUUGAGCAUGCCAAGUAGAUCGCCCGGCUUGCCACGGCGGUUAGAGUGACGAUGGGGCAUUACCCUACGGUCGAGUGUACCACGCGCACGACGCGCACCACGCGUACCACUGCUGUGCAUGGUCUGGCCUUGUGCAUGCGUUGAGCCUUUUAAAGGACAUGUCCUAUGAACUGCCUUCACGUGUUUAUUCCA